GAUGGGAAUCCUCCAAUGUCGCCAAGAAACUCAUGUCCCAUUUUCUUCGUCACAAAUUCUCCUAGAGCUGGUCUCGCGGGCUGACCUCAGCGAGUUCCGUUCACGACACCUUUCACGACAGAAAAUUCGUUUUCCUCGCCGCCAUCCAAAUCUCUCUGCUGCUCUCCUAGAUCUUCUUCUUCUUCUCCUCUCCCAUAAAAGUGAACUGCGCUCGCGCAAUCCCUCGUUCUCGAACAUCACAAUCCAACAAAAAACCCACUUCAAAUCCUUCUCUCUUUCUGUCUGUCUCUCGCUCUCCAUGUGCUGCCGCAGAUCAGAAGCAUGUGCAGAUCAAGAGCAUCUGCAGAUGCGAUCCCGCCCAGCCGCAGGGCCAGCGCCCGGUCCCCCAAGUCCUCAAGAACCUCCAACUCCAAGUCCUUCGCCUCCUCCUCCUCCAACCCGUCACACCCGUCUUCCUCCUCCUCCGCCUCCCUCAACCUGAACAGCUUCAACUUCUUCUCCAACAACAACAAUUCGUCUUCCUCCACCUCCGCCGCCCGCCAGCCGUCCCUGUCCAGGAUCAAGCAGUUCUUGCCCGAUACCCCCCUCAUCUACCCCCUCCCCGACCUCCGCCUCGCCACCGGCAACUUCCUCUCCGGCCGCCUCUCCCCGACCUCCUGGCGCUGCACCCUCCGCGGCCGGGACGCCGUCGUCUGCCAGCGCCGUCUCAAGCGGCCCCUCGACCUGCCCGAGCUCGGCCGGCGCCUCUCCGCCAUCACCAAGAGCCACCACAGCAGCUUGGUCAAGCUGCUGGGCGCGUCGGUCUCCGGGAACUUCGUCUACCUGGUGUACGAGUUCGUGGAGGGCGCGAAUCUGUCGGAUUGCCUGAGGAACCGGGUGAAUCGGGCGUUCACCGUCCUCUCGUCCUGGGUGUCCCGGAUGCAGAUCGCCGCCGACCUCGCCCACGGCCUCGACUACAUCCACCACUGCGCGGGCUCCGCCACCGGCGGUGGCGGCGCCGGGUUCGUCCACAACCACAUCAAGAGCUCCAGCAUCAUCGUGACGGAGCCGUCGCUCAAUGCGAGGAUCUGCCAUUUCGGGACCGCCGAGCUGUGCGGCGAGGCGGCCGAAGUGGAGGAGGAAGGCGCCUCCGAGCCCGGGGGCAGCCGGAACUUGAAGAGGACGAACAGCAGGGGAGUGAAAUUGGAGGGCACGAGAGGGUACAUGUCGCCGGAGUACCGCAUCACGGGGGUGGCGACGCAGAAGUCGGACGUGUUCGCGUUCGGGGUGGUGAUCCUGGAGCUGCUGAGCGGGGAGGAGGCGCUGCGGUACCAAUUCGACGGGGAGGACAGCGGCGGAGGUUACAAGAGGACGAGCGUCGUAGAAAGCGCGAGGGAGGCGGUGGAGGGAGGGAGGGUGAGGAGGUGGGUGGACGCUAGGCUGAAGGACUCGUACCCGGUGGAGGUGGCGGAGAGGAUGGUGAGCCUGGGGCUGGAGUGCGUGGAGGAGGAGGCGGAGCGGCGGCCGGACAUGAGCCAGGUCAGUGCCGUGAUCUCCAAGCUGUAUCUGGAGUCCAAGGCUUGGGCUGAGAAGUUUGGCAUGCCCGUGGAUUUCUCUGUGUCCAUGGCACCUCGGUGAGAAAAAAAAGGCGUAAGCUUUCGCAGAUUUUCUUAAAACCCCAUUCGUCGGAGAGAAAAUCUGUAUUCAUCGCCGGCUGAUUCGAUCGCAGUAUGGUACGACUUGGUCGGAUUAAGACCCGGUCUUUGCGCAAUGCUUGCUCUGCUCAUACACAAUAGUACUAGUGCGUGUAUCAAGCUUUGUGCGAAAUGGGGUUCCGAGACCCGCAGCAUCCCGGUGCAGCGGGGCCGGCGAUGAGCUCGACUAUUCUGGACUACUGGGUCAAGAGCGAUGCUCAGCAACGACCUCUCCGCGGUCCUAAAUUCGAUUGGUUCGCAUUGGAUACGAGGACUCGAGCGAUUAUAAGGCCAAGAGAGUGGCUGUAACCACGAGUUCUCUCAGUAAACAGAUUGGCAGGCAGGGGAGUAUCUUAAAUUGUUCAAGCAGGUCUGGCUGAGGAACUUCGAUUGGAGUUCUGUGAAGUGGUUGAGGGAGAUUUGGCGGGGGUGGGCGGGCGGUUAUUCUUUUGUAGAUAGUAACAUUUCUUCUUGAAAUACUUGUACAAACACUGCAAUUUUGGUGAAGAAUCAUACAUGUUAUACAAUUUUUUGAGCGAGUACAGAGGAGGUUCUCUCCGACACUACUGCAUCACUGAUCCGACCUUGAUGUUCCAGUGAUCUUUUUUUAGCUUAAGAAAGACCCAGGAAGAGUGACAGCGAGCAGAGUUGAAUCUGCACUGUUUUGGAGUUCGUCUGCCUCUUGAUGUCCAUGUUAUACUUUCUAUACAUUUCUAUUGUGCGUUCUCUGCGAUCUUUCCUCUUAUGAAAUCAAUGAUCUACUGUCAAUAAUGUCAUGGAAAACCAGGAGAUGUGUUGUGGGGCGCCUUGGAGUUGCAUCAACAUCAUUUUAUCAGCAGCAGAACUAGGAAAAAUGUCUAGAUAUAUCAUUGUCGAGUUGUAUUCUACCUUAUCCUAGGUACGUUCGAUUCUUAAAUUAUGUUAUAUGUUCCUUUUCUUGUC